UCAUCAACGAAAUGUUGAACAUCAUGGUCGAACGAAUCCAAAACGGCAACAGAGACAUGGAUUUUUCUUAUUCCAGAGGAGAUCUACAUUACUUUGGUACUGGCAAUCAGCUAAAAAUAUCAAAGCUCGGCGAUACUUUAUACUCGUCCCUAAGGGAUGUUUUAAUAUUUGUGAUUGAAGACAUGGCUAAAGAAAGUGAUAAAGAAUUAAAAUACCAGGUUCCCAAGCAUACGAGCUUCGUGGGUUCCAUCAUUAAAAACGUGGCUAUCGACGUGAUCGCUCAGAACCCGGUUCAUAAAGAAUUUCUAGAUUCGCUUUGCCAUAUGAAGGGCAAGUACAAUCUCGACAUUUCCUCAAACAGUUUUAAAUUGCUCUACCGCGAUACUGUUUUGAAGCUAGCGGAGCGCGGCUAUCUGUUUGACGACGAUCCAGAGCUCCUUCAGAUUCAGCACGAAUCGAAGGGUCUGCCUCUGAUUCCAGGGAAUCUCACGGCCCCUGCGACGCUCGAGCCGCUCUCGGUCCGUCCCGAAGACGCAAUUCACUUCAGUCAGACCGGACUGUUCGCGCCAUUACCGGUGCAGGGAUCGGAGAACACGUCGAUCGAAGACUACGAGCUGGUAGUCCGUCGGGUUCUGCUUCUGAAUCAAAGGCGAACGACGUCGAAGGCGUGA